AUGGAGUCGAGCUCCCAAUAUGUUGCACCUCUAAGCUUCACCACUCAGGACGAUGCUGGAUCACAGGCCGUGGCCACAAACAACAGACUGAUAACGGCUUUGAAAGCUCAGCUACAAAUGACACCACCGCUGACGCCGCAUAGUUCGCGAGAGGAGAUGGUUGAUCGAAGUGACCAGGGACGGUCCUUGUUCCAUAACUACCUGAGGGCCUUCUACCCAUUCCACCCAGACGGACCGAUCUCAUCCUCCACUGUCACUCUACCUCUGGACCAGGGAGAUGUUAUCCUAGUUCAUUCUGUACAUACCAACGGCUGGGCUGAUGGUACUCUACUUGAAACCGGCGCUAGAGGAUGGCUGCCAACCAACUACUGCGAGGCAUACGACCCUCAACAGAUGCACCCUCUAUUGAAGGCCCUGAUGGACUUCUGGGACGUCAUCAGGGGAGGCAACGGAUCUACGCUUCAGCAGUUCACAAAUCAGGAUUACAUGAGGGGAAUGAUUGCUGGAGUUCGAUUCCUGCUGGAAAAAUCGGAGUGUUUGACGAGAGACUGUAGGCUAGUUAAAAGAGUGGAUGGAUUAAGACGGAACAGGAAAGCUCUCCUCUCGGAUUUAUCAUCACUCGUCAAGCUGGCCAAGCAAUUACAGGACAUUGCAAACGGACGACACUUUGAAACAUGUCUGGAUAACAUCUUUGACUUAAUGUUGCUCAAGGCAUUCCGCAUCGUCACCAGAGGAGUUCGGUUUUUGGAUGUCUGGAGCGAAGAGGUUGGAUUGGUUAGAGCUCUGGAUCAUUUGGAUAACAACAUGAAUUCGUCGCCUACCCUGGACACAAUGUUCAAAGGACCUCUCACUCCACCUGUGGAAGGUUCGUUCAACUUUGCAUCGCAGCUCAUGACCAGUUCGAUUGGCACUCCAAACUCGUCUAGCAGCUGGAGAGGGAGCCUUGGUGACCGCAGCGUGCUCAACUCCACGACUAUUAGCCACAAAUCCGGUCGUGAAACACCACAACGUCCGGCAUCAGUACAAAUAAAACGCGCCUCGCUUUCCCAUAGAAUAUCAUACAGCGGCCACUCAUCCGUUUCUACCAAAAACCCAAAUCUUGCCUCAGGACGAUUAACUGCUGCCCACGACGGGUUUCUAGGUGUUCUUGGAUCAUUUAUUGGCCUACAUUUACAAUCACCAUCAUCGACGGAACUGAUAGUCACCACACAAGAAGCUGUUCAGUCUUGCAAGACGCUAUUAUCUGUUGUUGGAGAAGUGUGGGAACGCGAUCUACAUCGAUCUUUCUUACUAGAAAAAUCAAAGAAUACCAUGUAUGACCGGAUCGCUGAGCUCGUCAACGCCACCCAGAACACGUUUCGCACCCCUAGCAACCCCGACGAUGAGACUAUUUUUGUUCCAGGAGACGGCAAACGGCUGGUAGAUGCCGCUACUGACUGUGUACGAGGCGCUGGAGAUUGUGUCUCUAGAGCCAGGACAGUUUUAGAACAGAUUGGGGACUUCGAGCUGGAGAACAUUGGCCUGGGUAUUUCCGUUCCUGGCACGGAAUAUAUGGCAACACCAACCAACCGCAAAGUACUACCAGAGGAGACCGACGAUUCUUUGACCCCAGUAACAAGGACGGAUGAACAGUCAAUGCGGCCACUGCCCCUUCAAAUCCCUGAUGGAUCUGUAUCAUCGAUAUCCCUGACGCCAUCAUCCUUCACAGACACUUCAACCCUCCGUACUCCAACAUCUCCCUUUGAUGAAUCUUUCAGCUCUACAUUCUCCGCCUUUACCGACUUCAACGACUCAUUUAUCUCAAACUCCGACCACGACCUUACUAAACCAUUUAAUACAUACUCACCCACGAAAACUACCUGUGAUGCGCCUUGGCAGCAGGAUGCAGCCAUGUACAUACCACUGCCUCCAGAUAGUGACAUGGAUCUUACACUUGAGCCAACUGAAACAGAAAAAACAUACGCUGUUGAAACACCUACGCGUCCAACAUCACCCGCGAGUACUUCUCCCAAAUCCCCAUCGAAGGAAGACUCGCAAGCUGAAGUGGGAUCGACUGCAUCAGAUGGUGACGAACAGGAGGACACUCUUUUAGAAAAAACCUACGCCCACGAGCUCAUGUUUAAAGAUGGCCAAGUGACUGGUGGCAGUCUUCGUGCUCUCAUCGAGAAGUUAACAUGUCAUGAAUCGACCCCUGAUGCACUAUUCGUAUCUACUUUUUAUCUUACCUUCCGACAUUUCACUACCCCCGUUGAAUUUGCUGAAACAUUGAUCGACCGCUAUGAUUACAUUGGCGAGACUCCCAAAGCUGGAGGACCUGUACGCCUGCGUGUGUACAAUGUUUUCAAAGGAUGGCUUGAGGCACAUUGGAGACAUGAUGUCGAUGAUAUUGCCCUACCGUCGAUCCUCAAAUUCGCCAGGGCCAAACUUUUGAUCACAUUACCUACAGCUGGAAAGCGUCUCGUGGACCUAGUCGAGAAGGUGUCUUCCCUGCAUGGGCCCGUUGUUCCACGGUUGAUAUCUUCAGUUGGAAAGACAAAUACCUCUAUCGCUCAAUACAUCAGUCCAGACCAGCCACUACCCCCAUCAAACAUGACCAAAAGCCAGCUAAAUCUUUUGAAGCAGUGGAAGAGUGGUGGGGCCAAUGUGAGCAUUCUUGAUUUCGAUCCUCUCGAGAUUGCUCGCCAAAUCACGAUUAAGGAAUCUCAGAUUUUCUGCUCUAUCCUUCCCGAAGAGCUUCUGUCAACAGAAUGGAUGAAGAAGACUGGUUCUUUGGCCGUCAAUGUCCGCGCCAUGUCUACUCUAUCAACUGACAUUGCUAACCUUGUUGCUGAUUCUAUCUUACAAUUGGAGGAGCCAAAGAAGCGUGCAGUGGUUGUUAAGCGAUGGGUUAAGAUAGCCUCAAAGUGCCUCGAGCUAAACAAUUACGAUACCCUCAUGGCCAUCAUUUGUUCACUCAACUCAUCGACCAUCUCUCGUCUUAAACGCACAUGGGAGCUUGUUCCUGUCAAAACGAAGAACCUUUUGGAAAAUCUCCGAGAAAUAGUCGAUGUAUCCCGAAACUACGCCGUCCUCAGACAACGACUGCAAAACCAUGUACCCCCAUGCUUACCUUUUGUUGGAACAUACCUGACCGACCUUACUUUUGUUGAUCAUGGCAACCAGGACACCCGCACACUCACUGGUGACGAGAGUUCCAUCGAAGUCAUCAACUUUGACAAACACAUGAAAACUGCCAAAAUCAUCAGCGAGCUCCAGCGAUUCCAAAUCCCCUACCGACUAAACGAGGUCCCGGAGCUCCAGACUUGGAUACAAGAUCAGCUCGUCCGUGUUCGAUCUGCUGGUGAUAAGUGUUUCCAAAAAUACUACCGACGAUCUCUUGUUUUAGAGCCCAGGGAGCGCGCAACUACACCCCGCGGCUCUCCAACUGAACCCAGUCCCUCUCUAUUCGCUAAGGAGAAUACGAAAGAAAAGUUCGACUUCUUAGCCUGGACUCAUAGCCACAAACUUAAAGCUCCCGCUGCGUGA